AAAAGAAAGGAGAGUGUGGAAUGAGAAAUUGGGGGUCAGAAGACGACGCGAAACUGCGGCGCGUCGGACUGAGUGGCAGUGAUGAUCUCCCAGCGGCAGGGCUCGAGGUCUUCGGAGACAGAGCAAUAGCCGGCGAGGGUGACCUUGUCGUUGGAAGCGGCGACGGAGCCGAACUCGAAAAUGGAAACGGAAGCGUUCGUGGGUCGCGGAACCUCCAUAGCGCCGUUCAUCCCUGGGGCCUCGGUGGGGUUUUUGGCUGUGUCUGUGCCAUUCGACUUCGGAAUUGACGACGGCUUUGCUUCGGGUUCGGGUUCGGACUUCUUCCCCUUUCGCCACCACAGUAGACCCAUGCUUGGUAAAAUAGGAUGGUGGCAUUCCGAAGAUCUAACAAGUAGAAGUAGAAAUCUGAAUCUCUUAUUCUGCCAUGAACAAAGAACAACACUCUCUGCUUCUCAACUCAUCUUCUCGCUUCUUGACCCCUCAAGUUCCAGGAGUGAAGCUAUCGUACGGAACGGCUGGCUUCAGGGCUGAUGCUUCGCUUCUCCAUUCAACGGUCUUCAGAGUGGGAAUUCUCGCUGCUCUCAGAUCGCUCAAAACUCACUCCGUCAUCGGCGUCAUGAUUACCGCCUCACACAACAAAGUCUCCGACAAUGGAGUCAAAAUCGCUGAUCCUAACGGUGGCAUGCUCUCUCAGCAGUGGGAACCCUUCGCCGACGCCCUCGCCAAUGCUUCUUCUCCUCAACAACUCAUCCUGUUGAUAAAUGAAUUUGUGGAGAAAGAGAGGAUUCCAAUGGAUGGGGUGAGGCAUGCCGAAGUACUUUUGGGGAGAGACACGAGGCCAAGUGGAGAUGCUUUGCUUGAAGCUGCUAGACAAGGGGUCACUUCAAUUGUUGGAGCUGUUGCGACGGACAUGGGGAUUUUGACAACUCCUCAGCUACAUUGGAUGGUUCGCGCUAGAAAUAAGGGCAUGGAAGCCUCAGAGCAGGGUUACUUUGAACAGCUUUCAAUCUCUUUCAGGUGCUUGAUGGAUUUGAUUCCACCUGAAAGAAGGAAGUUCGAUGGGGUGAAUGAUAAAUUGGUUGUGGAUGGAGCUAAUGGCGUUGGUGGAAUCAAACUUAAAGUCUUAGAGAAGGUGUUGAAAGCUUUGGUUAUUGAGGUUCGGAAUAGCGGCGAAGAUGGAGGCAUACUGAAUGAUGGAGUUGGUGCUGAUUAUGUGCAGAAAGAGAAGGUUGUUUCACAUGGCUUUGGUUCUAAAGAUGCUGGGAUAAGGUGUGCUAGUUUGGAUGGAGAUGCUGAUAGGCUUGUCUAUUUUAUUGUACCACCUGAAAGCAGUGGUAUGAUUGACCUUGUUGAUGGGGACAAGAUAUUAUCCCUGUUUGCUUUGUUUAUUAAGGAGCAACUGAGCUUUCUUAAUGAGAAGGAAGACAUGCAAAAUUGCCGCCAAGCCCGUCUUGGUGUUGUACAGACUGCUUAUGCAAAUGGCGCAUCUACUAAUUACCUUAAACAGCUGGGACUGGAAGUAAAUUUUACACCAACUGGAGUGAAAUACCUGCAUGAAAAAGCUGCUGAAUUUGAUAUUGGCAUCUAUUUUGAGGCAAACGGCCAUGGAACUGUCUUAUUUUCAGAACCUUUCAUUGAAUGGUUAGAGGCCAGAACUAACAAGAUUUCUUCAGGAUCCACAGGUUCAGAAGGGGAAAAGGCUGCUUUGAGAUUAUUGGCAGUUAGUAAGUUGAUCAACCAAGCAGUUGGAGAUGCUUUGAGUGGAUUGCUUUUGGUGGAAGUCAUAUUACAACACAUGGGAUGGUCAAUACAAAGAUGGAAUGAACUUUAUCAUGAUUUACCUAGCAGGCAGCUCAAGGUUAAAGUUGCUGACAGAACUGCUGUGAUUACAACAAAUGCAGAAACUGUUGUUGUGAGCCCUCCUGGUCUACAAGAAGCCAUCAAUGAUAAAACUGCUAAGUACCCUCAAGGUCGAUGUUUUGUGCGACCAUCUGGCACCGAGGAUGUUGUUCGUGUAUAUGCCGAGGCAUCCGCACAGGAAGCAGCAAAUACACUAGCCAACUCCGUGGCUAAACUUGUGGAUGAAUUCUUAGGGUGAAACAACUCCUGACGAACCUUUUACCUUCACCUUCUGUGUUUUGCUCUUAAUUUCAAGUUGACAGGAUUAAUCACAAUUGAAUGAACUUGGCUUUGAAAGUUAUCUAACCAUUGAGAUUUUUCAAUAAAAUUUCUCCUGCGUUUUAUUUUUAAGACGGUGGGUCUGUGUUC